AUGAUAACCGUUGAGAGAAAUUCUGAAACGUCAGUGGACAAAAGUGAAGACUGCGUAGACGAGAAUGGGUUUUCCUAUCCAGAUGGAGGCUUGAAGGCUUGGAUUGUGACGAUAGGAGCGAUCUUAGGUAUUUUCUCAAUUUGGGGCAUGUUCCUUAUUAUAGGGAUGAUAGAGCUCCAUCUUUCUGAAAAUCAGUUGCAGCAUGAAUCAACUUCUACAAUAGCAUGGAUAUUCUCUGUGUACACUUUUUUUUACUUCAGCUCGGGGAUUUUUAGUGGACUAUAUUUUGAUAGAUAUGGUCUCAGGGCUCCAGUUCUAAUUGGAUCGGCGCUAUAUCUUACUGGCGUACUUUUAACCGCCAAUGCUACUAAAGUAUGGCAUUUUAUAAUCUCUUUUGGCUGCCUUGUAGGGAUAUCGUCAGGAGUUGCGAUGAACCCUUUGGUUGCGGUGAUUUCACACUAUUUCUACAAGAAAAGAGGCCUAGCCAUCUCAUUAGCAAUUAGCGGCGGGACCUUGGGAGGAGUCGCCUAUUCUGGUAUUAUGGGACAUCUCUUUCGUCAAGUGGGCUUCGCAUGGGCCAUGAGACUCAUAGCGCUGAUUUCAUUAUGCGCGCUUAGUAUAAUGAUCAUGCUAGUUAGGGAAGAUCCUGCCAAGCUAAAGGUUCUCACUGAACAGGAGAGGAAUCUAAAUGUCUUUCGCAAGACUACCCAGUAUAUCCGUGAAUGUAUGGAUUGUAAGGCUAUUAUACAUUCUUCCGACUAUCGCUGGUUUGCAAUAGCCACGUGCGCAGCGGAAGCGGCUUGUGGCUGCUGCAUCACGUACUUGCCCAGAUACAUGAGCACUGUUGGUUAUGACGAGGAAGACUACUUCCUGGUUAUUACUGCGCUAAAUUUAGCGUCUGUCGUUGGCGGUAUUUCCGUUUGCAUCGUUGCUGAUCGGUGGUUAGGUCAUUUUAACGCUAUAAUAAUCGUCAAUUUGAUUAUAGCGCUGGCAGGCUUCAGCAUUUGGCUCCCAGCGGGUUCAAAAUCAAAAAUCUACAUGUAUGUUUUUAGUGCAAUCUACGGAGCCUGCUACGGUCCGAUUCUGAUGCUAGUUCCAGUUUGCUGUGGUAAGAUUUCAAGAACUGACGAAUUCUGUACCCGUUAUUCUACGGUGUACGUCCUAGUCAGUUUCACAUUCCUAGUUACCAUCCCAAUUUCGGCAGGCAUUAUAGGGAAAGGAUCACUACCCAGCUACAAGGUUUUCGUUGUAUUUAUUUCGACUAUAAGUGCUCUAUCGUCUGUCUUAUUUUUUUUAAGCAAGCUAUACGCUGUUAAGACUACAACGCAUACAACAAAGGUUAACAUGAAGCAAACACUACUCAAAGCAUUUAGCGCGAUAUACUAA